UUUUGUAUUGAAACAGGGUAGAUGUAUUCCCGUGGAUGUGCAACAAGGUUAUAUACACAAGAAAUGUAUUCCACAGUGCUGUUAAUGUUAAUAUAAGAAACAAACUUUGGCCCUGUUUAAAACCCGUUAAAUUUAGAGAUCGUUUCCAACAAUAUUUCAACUUUCGGCACACGCAUUUAAUCUCAAAUCUUCCCAACAAAACUAAAAACCAUGCUGAACCAUGUUGAUCCUUUCCACAUACUUAGUUUUUUCUUAUUUUCUUAUUAUUUAAUACUAGUCGAUAAGACACAUAGGAAAAUCCACUUAGGUAAUAGGACAUUGAAAAAGUUGGUUGUUUAAGACGUUUUGCUGACGUCAGCAUUGCAAAACCAAAACAAAUUGGCGAAAUUUAGUUUAUUCGUUGCCUGUAACGUGUAGAGGUUGAAACGCUGAUCAAAAUAAUGUAUAGGAUCAUAUCUUUUCUACGAACGACUAAGGACAUAUAAGGGUUUAAAAAUUUUGCUGACGUCAGCAAUGGCCCGUCAAAACCCCAACAUUUUUAUCAGUAUUAUUAUAAGAGAUUGCCAUUAAACGCGUUUAUAAAUGUUGCCUUAUUCUCGUGGGUGCUUUUAACAUAAAGAAAAGUGUGUACUAAUUUAGAAUCAUUUAAAAGUGAGCCUAAGCCUCUAAGUAUUAUUCUUAAGUUCUGGAAUGAAGCUAUAUGAAAUGUAAGCAUUCAACUUCACAAAAUUACAACCCGGUUUUAUGUGCUGACUGGAUCGAAAGGUGGACCAAUCUUUUACACAAUUAUUUCAAAACGCGUCAUGAGUUUAAAGGUCCUAUAAUCCUUCAUGUGUGGGACAUAGCUACAGCGGAUGUUCUUUAAGUAAUUAAGAGUUCACUGCUGUGCCCACUGCUGCGUUCACUACUGUAAAUAGACAUGACUGUACAAUGCUCAUGAGGAGGACUUUUUUUAUUUCGUAAAAUUAGUUUCUGCUAGCUACAAUAACACAGAUUUUUUUCACAUAAAAGCAAGAUAAUCCAACUUAGCAUAAGCGGAAAUAUUAAAAUGAUUGAUGCCUUUCGGAGUAUAACUAAUACAUUAAUAACAUGUAGGUAGAAAAUUCAUUAUUACCCCAUGCUGGUAAAUUAUUAUAAAAUUGCAUUUAGUUUGGAUUAGCUUAAGAGAUAAUAUUGUUUGUAAUGACGUGCGUAUUCUUAAAUGUACUUCCUUCAACUUAUAAAGAUUAUCAAAACAAUUUUUGUGCUGUAUUUUUGUUGUAGCUUUUAUAAAUAAUAUGAAUGUUCUCAGUUUUAAGAUUGUGCCGACUUUUUCGUUAAAAGAAGGGGUUGUUGGUCCUCUUCUUUUUACUUUUCGUAUGUUGGUUUUAGACCUGCGUUUUGCAAAACUCCUUUUAAGAAUAAACAGUUUUUGAGGAGUAGCGCAGACGUAAGACGUUUAAAUACAAUGUUUUUGUUUCUUAAUAUUUUUUGUUUAUUUUUUAUACCCUAACAAACUCAGAGAGCCUUAACUUAAUUAAAACAUUUGUCCCAAAUUUCCAGGUAAUAAUAAAAAAGUUUUAUCGCAAAUAGUAGGCUAUAUUGAAUAAAAACGCGACCUAUUCUUGAUCGACAAGUAACUUUUUAUGCUGGCCGUAACCACACUCAAUUAUGGCACAAGUCCAAAACACUUGGUUCAAUUGAUGCUUUUUUGUCAAUUUAAUAUUUGUUUUUUGAAUACCUUAUUAAUAAUUUUCAAGGUUAAUUUAAGUACAAUUUGGGCGUUAUGGCGCAUGCAUGGGUUUUUUGCUUUUCACACUUUUUAAUUUGCGCUCAUUUUCGGAAACGCAGCAAAAUUUGUCCGUACGAAAAAUAAAUAUUGAAAUUGUUUCGCCCUGUGAGCUAUUCUACAAAUAUAUUUUUUGGAAUAUCUCUCUUUUGUGCCGGCAAGAAGAUCAAAACCAAGCUUUUGAUUGAAAUUGCUUAGCUCUUGCCAAGCAUAUUUAACCUUGGUCUAACUAAACGAACUUAGUUUUCAAAAUGAUGAUUUGUCUUUAAUCUGAUGGAUUAUCCAAAUGUCAUUUAAUGUCAAUAUACCACAAACGCAAACAGACGAAGGUAUAAAACACGAAAGUGUGAAGGACGAUAUGUAGACAUACCGUAAUGAUCCGAUUAAACGCUCAGCAUUUUUAAGCGCCCCCUGGAAUAAGCGCCCAGGUAAUUUCCUCAAAGUUCAAUAAGCUCCCGGCACUUAUUAAGCGCCCUCCUCGAAUAAGCGCCCACCUGAUAAAAGGGUGCGCUUAAUCAAAAAAUACUUUGAGAAACUGGGCGCGUAUUUGAAAAUUUUACUUUCUUAUAUUGAGAACCUUAGAAAGACUAAAAUUUAUUUUCCUACAUCUAUUGUUCAGUUUUAUUUUUUCAAGGAAAAAAAUUGAAAAUUACCGUUGUCUUUAAUUUAUAUAAAAAUAGGAAAAAUUUAUAAGCGCCCAGCAUUUUUAGGCAGCCCUCUCGAUUAAGCGCCCAUGCAAAAAAAAACAAAAAUUUAAUAAGCGCCCAGGGCGCUUGUUUAGAUCAUGACGGUACCAAAGAAUUAAUAAAAUGAUAGAUCAUAUAAAUCGUAGAGUAUUCAAAUGGACCUAAACUUUUUUGAAAAACUACAAUGAUAUAUAUUCAUAGAAAGAAAAAGCUACACACGGUAUAAAAAUCGACUUUAUAUGUGGUCAAGUGGUUUAUAAAAUUUUUCAGUCUAGUUUCUUAACAUGAAAAAUUUAUUAUAGAUCACGGGAGUUGCUAUUUUUGUCACCAACAAAAGGAAUACAAAAGCAUUGUUUACUGAACCAGCAUCAUAUAAAGAAUAUAAAACAGCCUUUAUGAAUUUUUAUACAGCUAUAAGUGUGUAUUUUUACAGACCAAAUGUAUUCACAUAUCCAAAUUCUAAUGAUCUCAGUGUAGCUAAGCUCAGUGUAGGUGUUUAAAAGUAGCAUUGAUAUAUUAGUUAAGGGGUCUUGAUGGUCAGUAACAUAUUAUGGUGAAAAAAAUUUUGAUCGCGUUAGCUACAACAAAUUUUAAUUUACCAUACUUCGUCAGGAACAGGCAUACAAGGUAUAUAAACUAUUGAUGUUUUACAAUUCAAAGGGGCUAACAUUGUUCAUUUCGAAUCCUUACAGCUUGCAAGUAGAGAUUUAAAUGUUUAGCACAUCAACCUCCCAAAUCCUUUUUCUUGUCUAAUUAAACUGAACAGCUAAACGGAUUCAUAGUUUUCAGAGCUUUUAGUUUUCCUUUUCUAAUUAUAAUACAAUGAGCAACGAGGCUUUACGGUUGUGACAGCCAUGAUAUAUUCUCACUCAAAAAUGUUUUUUUCAAUUUGUCUGCAAAGGUUCAGCAGAUACAAUUCUUGUUUUUUCAAUCUCAUUACUUUUACUAAUUUUUUAAUAUAUAUCAGCCAAUAUAUUAUUCUUAAUUUUGGAUUUCUGCGUGAAAACACAAGAAAGUUUUUUACUUCCGCAAAUGCUAGAUAUAUUGUCUCGUCGUACCUUUAAUAGUGGUGUCUUAUGUUGGUUCUAGAUAAUUUUCUUUGCAUGUUUUAAAAGUACAGGCUGUUAAAGUUACCAAUCAGAUCUUCACUCAAUGCAAUUAGAAGUACAUCAUGUUAUUCACCCACGGAAUUUUUAAAGAUGAUGUCAGCAAAUUUUGUUUUAAAAAAUAUUACAUUACAAACCAGUCAACCCUACCCACACGGCUUUCAAACAUUAAAACAAAGUUUAUUACACAAUCGGUGAUUACAGAUGUUUAAGGCAUUUGUAUGAAACCUGAUUUUUUAUAACAUUAUAUGCAAGUGAUUUUCAUACCUCUGACAGUGACGUUUACCUAUUUUUAAUGGUCAAAUAGCUAAUAUAAAGGGAAAGUGGUUCAUAUUAGUCAUCUCUGUUGGCCUGACAAUUGUACCUCUACGUUUCACUUGUCCUUCAACAUACGUGGCAAUCGGUUCCUACAUUUUCUAUCUAAUUUACAAUGGUUGUCUAUAAUCAGUUUUUAACAUCCAUUGCAAUCCCCUCAACCUAAAAGGUGCUAGGAGUGGCACCGUAGUUGAAUUUAACCCCUUGUGCUUAAAGUUUUUGGAAAACUGCGUUAAUGUUAUGCUUUCAAAAUGCGAAUUUUUGACAAACCGCGUUAAUAUCGCGGACGUUAAUUCUCUGAGUUGUUAAUUUUCUGAUUCGUUAAUUUCCUAAGGUAUUAUGAAAAAUUAAUACAUAAAAUCAUUAGGAUUUCAUUGACCUAUCAAAGAUAAACAACAGAAUAGAAAUAAACAGCUGAAAAAAUACUUCCACAUGUCGCCAUGGUAAAAUAUUGCUUAACAACAAACAAAACAGAGUUCGUCUUCUUUGUUGCAAUGGGACUUACUUUGAAUAUUCGGAUUAGUAAUAUCAAGAAUUAAAUGAAAUCAAAAAUUUAUUUCACUAAAAUGAAAAAAAGUGACUUUUAGAACCUUUGCUAGGUCAAAAUUGAGCAAUUAAUUAAACUCUGAAAAAUGUGUAAUAUCCUGUUUGUCGGCAAAAAUUAGGUCGUGCGUAUGAAAUCUAUAAGUUAAAAAUGGCAAAUGAUUAUAUUUUUAUCGAACUUGCUCUGACCACGCGCGCGUCAACCAAUUACAAAAACAACUUUCACAAAACAACCAAUCAACAUUUUAGCGACCUCUAGAUUAUUUUUAAAACAAUCGACAAAAUCCGCCAUUUUAAAAGUGUUGUGUUAAUAGCAUGAUGGAUGAGAUUUGGAGAUGGUGCGACAUCUAACGACUUUGUAAUUUAAAAAGGAAUUUUUUGAAUUAUAAAUAUUUCUGCUAUUUUAGCUUAACAUGAUAACCCUGUGUUCUGUUUUUCACUUAUAUCGAACUUGUGAGAAAAGUUAUUUUUUAAAAAAAAAGCCGAGCAGUGUGCAUGGCAAUGCUCUACCCCAGUGUUUGGCUUGCCAAUAAUCGCAUACUGUUGCUGUUCCUGAUUCUAUAGAUUGUAAUUUCUUUGCCGAGAAUAUGACAGACUUUAACCUGUAUUUUUAUUUAAAUCAAAGUUACAAUUAAUUUUGGAACUUUCACAAAAACACAUUCCUCAAAAUUGGUAGGAAACAUUACGAUGAACCCUGUGAUUUUAUCUGAACCGCUGUUGUGGUAAAAUUAUUUUUUAAAUAAAAAUUUAAAAGUAGGCGGGGUAAAGUAUAUCUGCCCUUAAGCGCUCCAAGUCACUCAGCUACAUUUGGAUAAUAAAACUAGAACUCGAGUAAAAGAAUGAGAACAAUUUUUGUUAUUUAAAAAGCCAAGGAAAUUACGCAGACGAUUUUUGACGCAGGCUGGUUUGUCUUUUUUUUAUAUUUUUAUCAUUUAAGGAAUGAUAUUAAUUAUUAAUCAAAAGUUAAGAAGAAGAAUUAGAAAAGUAUGCAAAAUAUAUUAUGUAAACCACACAAAAAAUGUCAAUCAACUUAAAAAAAUAUGAAUAUACGCACCCACACAUAAAAGCCUACAAAAUCACUCUUCUUCACCAAGUGCUGACUACAUUUUCUGUGUUUUCGCCUCAAUUUUUGUUGCUGAUACAAUAAACAACUGGUGAGCAUUAACAGCUCCAACAAAAUCAUUUAAGGAUACUGUAAGGGUAUAGACACAUAUUCAGUAUAUUCGUUAGUUCUCAAUAAUUAUGUUUUUUUCUUCAAAAUUGUUUAUUGAAUAUAAAAGCAAAUUAAAUUGUCUAUAGGAUAAUAUAAAUAUGAAAUUUAAAUUUUUUUCCAGGUCUCCCCUCCGUUUUAUGUUUUUUAUUGAUCACUCACUUUACCAUAACAACAAUACUUUGUCACAUUUUUUCGAAAAAGCGCGUCGUUUGUUAUAAAUUAGUGAGGAAAAUGAAUUUUUGCUCGCUCCUUUGUGUUUUAACCUGUCUUUUUCUUUACAUAAUCAAAAUGUGCAUAAAAUGUGACAAAGUCAUUUGCAGCAGGGAUGAGCACGUGUGGAUGGUUUUGUUGAGUUUCUUCAUCGUGGAGGGGCGUUUCAGACAUUUAAGUCUUGUAUACAUCGUGAAAAACGAACAUCUAAAAUUCCUCGCACAAUAGUUUUUCGCAACCUGACCUUUACAACAAUAGCGUAUUGAAAGAUGUGCAGAAGGUGUUAAGCGAACUACCGGUAACUUAUUAAAUACUUAUAUUAUGGUAGAGAAUAUCAAACUCCACAUAUUUUGGAGAAAAAUUUUUUUUGUAAAGAAAUUAUAUUUAUACGAUUACAAUAUCCUUAAAUAUUAAACUUUAACUUACUUGAGUGUUGUAUGAAAAUAUUCAAUAGGUAAUCUAUUAUUAAAUUAAACGAAACAUCUUUUCACCAUCGAUGCGAACAGUAUUAAAUAAUAUAUUGGCUAACAAUAAAUGGAAGAAGAAAUUUGUUACAGAUACUGGUUUUCUGUGAUAAAGUAGAAAAUUAUAAUUUUGAGGUUCUUAACGAGAUUCUAAAAAAGGUUUUGUUUUCGUUAUUGAUUAAGAAAUAUAAGUAAUGGUUCAUUUAUAUUUAAAGUUAGGCUUCAAAGAAGUUAUUGACUGAAAAUCCUGAAAAUCCUUUUCUUAAUACAAUUUAAGAAAGUACGAAAUAUGUUCUCGAGAUACAAUCAUUCAAGAGCUUGCGAAAAAAAAGAAGACUUUGCUGAAAUAAAAAAAUUGAAAAAAACAUCGAAAUACUUGAAAGAAAACAAAUACAAGCUGGUUUCUACUUAUUUGUUAAACCAUUUUUUGUUUAAAAAUAAAGUUAACUGAUGGUACCAGUCAUCAAGAUUAAAACUGAUUAAUUCAUAUCAAAAUAAUGUUAAAUUAAAAUUGUUUUAACGUUCACAAAUACUAGCUUAAAAUCUCCGAGUAAGGUCGCGUAAAACCUAUAUUUGCUAGCAGGUUCUUGAGUAGUAACUAAUCAUUAAAACAUCGAUCAGAGAGCAGGCUUGUUGUAACCAGCAAACCUAUUAAAUGAGGAGUUUGUAGAAAAACGUUUUCGACAUUUUAUAGAGUAGAGUAGAAAAUGUUAAAUUUAAGUUUAAAUGCUGAUCGAGGACUUCUUUUUGCUGACGAGGACUCGAUAGCAAGUGCUGGGUCGCGCAGUCAAACAUCUAACCGAUGCAACUGUAUUGUAUAUCACGAGGGACGCUUCAAGAUUAUAUGGGACUGGAUGGUUCUUGUCUUGGUCAUAUUCACUGCUAUACAGAUACCUUUCUAUGCUGCAUUUGAUUACAAACCUCGCAUAAUAUUGAAUGUCGUUGACGGAGGUGUCAAACCAAUGGUCAUAUUAAGUGUUAUUGUCGACUUUAUGUUCAUUCUGGACAUUUUUAUCAACUUCCGUACAACUUAUAUUAAAUCAAGUUCAGAUGAAGUUGUUAGAAAUCCUCGUAUGUUAGCAAAACAUUAUCUUAAAACUUGGUUUACCAUUGACCUGUUGGCAGCAAUUCCUUUCGAUUGGAUUAUGCAUAACAGAAAUUCAGGCAGUAAUACAUCAACGUUGGUUGGCUUAUUGAAAAGUGCCAGAUUAUUGCGGUUAUUCCGAGUAGCUCGAAGAAUAGAUAGAUAUUCUGAAUACGGCAUUGCUGUGUUUUUUUUACUGAUGUCAUUAUUUACAUUGAUUUCUCAUUGGCUUGCAUGUGGGUGGAACUUUAUUGCCCGUCACGAAGAAGACAACCCGCUCAGUUGGGUUCGACGCAUGGACGCCACUCUUCAUGGUGAAUGGAAUUUUACAAACUCCACAAUUUCAAUGACACAGUCAGAGAGAUAUGUGGCGUCAUUAUAUUUUGUCGUAUCGUCACUUACUAGUGUCGGAUUUGGAAAUAUUGCAGCAACGACGGAAACAGAACAAAUAUUUAGUAUUAUCGUCAUGUUACUUGGAGCGUUGAUGUAUGCAUGUAUCUUUGGUAAUAUGGUCGCCAUUGUGCAAAGAUUGUAUUCAAAAGCCUCUACCUUUCACGCAAACAUUCAGACUGUUAGAGAAUUUUUGAAAUUUUACAAAAUACCAGAAGAGCUUCGGUCAUCGAUUAAUAAUUACGUCCGAAGAGAAUGGAAUGUAUCACAAGGAGUUGAUGUAGAAGCUGUUCUCCGACGUUUUCCAGAUUGUAUUCAAGCUGAUUUGACUUACGAGUUGUAUCAAGGGGUAUUCAACAAUGUCAAACCAUUUCGUGAAGCCACUGUGAGCUGCAUGAGAGCACUGGCCAUGCGUUUUAAAACCAUAACAUUACAAGCUAAUACCUACGUCUUGCGGCAAGGAGAGGGAAUUAACAGAUUGUACAUUUUAGGAAAAGGAUCGUUAGAAGUUAUUACAGACGGGGACUUAAAAGAUAUUAUUGGACGUUAUACAACAUUUGGCUACGACUUUACAAAAAAACCAAAAUAUCCAAAAAGCAACGCCAGCCUCCGUGCAUUAAAUCUUGUGGAAAUUCAUUACAUACAAAAAGACGAUAUGAUGGAGAUAUUAAAAAUGUAUCCAAAGUUUGCAAAACGAUUCCGAGAAUCUCUGACGCUAGGAUACAACUUAAAUGACGAAAAAGAGGAAGGAUAUCGAAAGUGCAUACAAAGAAAGCAUAAAAUGCACAUAACUGCUGUCGCCAAAAAUGCUUUAGGUUUGCCGAUAAUGGCUCGAUUUACAAAAUCAUAUCGCAAAAAAUCUUCACAAUCAGAACCGGGAGAAAGUUUAAACACAUUUGUCGAAAGCAACCAAAAUGGCACACGGAAAUCGAUGAGCCACGAUGCUAUACUUGAAAACUACGAGCCUCCAAGACCAAUAAUAAAAUCACAAACUACAGACAUCCCUCUGAAAAGAAUAGGGUCUGACUCAUCGUACAACAGCGUUCAAUUCUCAGAUGAAGAACUUCAACGCGAAAGAAAAGAUAGUGACACUUCUUUGAAAUCAGAAAUCAGCUUGGAAAAUAGAAUCGAGUCCUUAGAAAAACAAGUUCGUCACUUAAAUUACGACCUCGACAAAAAGCUAACCAUAAUUUUGGACUUAUUAGGUGCAAACAGAAAACAUUCACCUAGGGCGUCACCAACGAACAGUGAUUAUGUAUCAGUGACACUAGAUGAUGCAGGUAAAGAAACGGACACCCCUCACAUUAGGCAUGACACCAAUGAUGCUUCGAAUGAAAAACAUAAAGAAUUAUAUAAUGCUAGAUAUUUUGAAAGCAAACUUUAGGGUUGCAAAAAAAAUAGAAACUAAAAUUUAUAAAAAUAUUUGUAAAAUAAGUUUUCAAUAGUUACGUUAAUUUUAUUAUAAUGUAAGAUAAGAAAAGUUAAAGAAUUUUUUUGUAAUUCUGUCUUUUAUUUCUCAACAUCAUGUUAAUGAUGACAGGAGGAGAUUGGCGUAUAAUAAAUGGAGAAGAAUUUUCCUCUACUUCAAGAUCUUUUAGAACAUACCUAAAAUGGGAGCAUCUGUUACAAUACA